AUGAUUCGAGCUUCGAGAGAAGAACUCGCAUUAGUAACUGACAAUACGCUGGAACAAGCUCAAGAAGUCGCAGUCAUCUCGUCACAACCACCUUCUACACUACCACCAUCUCUAGCUUCAGCCACAAUAACUCAGUCUGAUACACAGUUCCUUAUCGACUGGAUACCAUCACCAGGUGAGGUUGUUCCCUCAUCGGAUGAAAAUGCUACGGCUGAGGAUGCGGCGCCACAAAUUGCAGAGCAACCCGCAAACGUGGAUGCUGCCGAUUAUACCCCAGUUGUGGUUGAUUCAAACGAUGAUGGAACAGUCACCCAGGAACUGGAAUUAGAGCAUAUGAGGAGUACAUUGGAAGAGGCGAUUGUGGAAACGCGCAGUACGCCUCUCGAAAAUCGACCACGACUUCCCCGCAUAGCCCUAUGCAAGCGGAAUCGCGCUGUUGUGAGGGCUCUGAACCCAAUGCUGGUGACCUAUUUGCAAGCCAGCCGGGACCUUUGCGAGACGAACUCAAUUCUUUUUGGCGCCGCACUGGCAGUAUGCCGUAUUAUUGGCGCCUAA